AUGAGCGCAAAGGAACCCAUUGACGCCAGCGUCUCGCCUACUGAGGAGAAGGCCGAAGUGCACUCGAUGAAGGCGGCAGCAACAGCUCCACGUGACGGCGAUGCAGCUCUCGCGUUCCUGCGCUCCAACCUCGCCGAGAGCGACUCCCAGGCCGUGGACGAGAAGGCCCUGCUCCGAAAGAUCGACUGGAUGAUCAUGCCUCUGAUGUUCGGCUGCUAUUUCUUGCAGUACCUGGACAAGACGCUCAUCAACUACGCGGCGGUCAUGGGCCUGCGUGAAGACACCAACAUCACGACGUCGCAGUUCAGCACCCUGGCCAUGCUCUUCUACGUCAGCUAUCUGGCAUGCGAGCUUCCCCACGGCUGGCUGAUGCAGCGGUUCCCCACCGCCAAAUACCUGGGCACGAUGGUGAUCCUGUGGGGCGCCAUGGUCAGCGUAACCGCAGCGUGCUCCAACUACGCCGGUCUGAUCGCCACGCGACUCCUGCUCGGCGCCUUCGAAGCCGCUGUGGCACCCUCCCUGAUCCUCAUCACGACCAUGUGGUACAAACGGCAGGGCGAACAGCCCGUCCGCACCGCCAUCUGGUACCUCGGCACCGGCACGGGCAUCAUGGUCGGCGCCGUCAUCUCAUUCGGCUUCCAGCACUACCCGGACACCAACGGCCGCUUCCGCUCGUGGCAAGUCAUGUUCCUCGUCAUCGGCAUCGUCACCAUCGCCGUCGGCAUCCUCGUCGUCCUCUUCCUCCCGGACAACCCCAUGAGCUGCACGCGGCUCAGCCACGCGGAGAAAAUCGUCGCCAUCGAGCGCCUGCGCGCCAACCAGACAGGCAUUGAGAACAAGCACUUCAAGCCCACCCAGGCCCUGGAGUGCCUGCGCGACCCGCAGACCUGGCUCAUCAGCAUCACCACCAUCGCGAGCAACGUGCCCAACGGCGCCGUCAGCAGCUACCAAGCCACCCUGAUCCGCGGCUUCGGCUUCAGCUCCAAGACGACCGCGUUGCUCAGCAUCCCCAGCGGCGCCGUCGGCUGCAUCGCCGUGCUCUCGGCCUCGGUCCUCGCCGGCAAGUACGACCAGCGGGGCCUCAACAUCGUCGGCCUGAUGCUGCCCUCCAUCCUGGGCGCGUGCCUCAUGUCCUUUCUGCCCGAGGCCAACCGCGUCGGCAAGCUGGUCGGCGUGUACAUGAUCAACUGCACGCUCGCGGUGCUGACGCUGCUGUACAGCUGGGUGGCGGCCAACUACGCGGGCCACACCAAGAAGGUCACCAUGAACGCCGUGCUGCUCAUGAGUUUCUGUCUGGGGAACAUCAUCGGGCCCCUGACGUUCCAGGACGCGGACGCCCCCGGAUUCCUGCCUGCGAAGGUGGCGAUUAUCGCCACGUGUGCGUUGACCGUCGGCCUGGCGCUGUGUUUGCGCUAUUACUAUGUGAGGGUGAAUCAGAAGAGGGAGGCGCUGAUGGUGGAGGGGGCCGUGGAGACGAAGGAGGAUAGUUGGUUGUUGGAUCUGACGGAUCGGGAGAAUAAGGAGUUUCGCUAUCGGUUGUGA